GAGAGAACGGGAAAGGAAGGAAGCCGCAUCACGGGGGCGGUCACAUCCAAGGUUUCCGGGGCGGAAGUCGCCGGCGACGAGAUGCUCGUCGACGCCCGCGGCGAGAUGCUCGGUGGCGCCCCUCCAGAGUCCGCGCGCCUCGCUGAUGAGUGUCUGAUGGAUGCCCGCAAGAAGAUUGAACACGAGAUCGAAAGUAAAGCCAAGGCGUCCUUGAAAGAAGGGUUAGGUCAAGAGCUUAAAACUCCACACCCAGGUACAAAUAUUGAAGAUGAAGAAGGGAACCCUGGUAGUGAUAGGAACGAAGAAGGGAGACAUCAGUGUGUGGAAGAUACUGAUUUAGAUGAGAGAGGCUAUGAUGUCGAGAUCACUGACACUGAAGCAUCAGACGAUUUGCUAUAUGAAGAAGUUCUGACGGUGCUGAUGAACGAAGAUAUGUCUGACGACCAGAUCAUCCAUUGUUUCCUGGUUGUGGCAUUAUCAACAUUCCUCUGCCCGACAUCAAACACUAAACCAAGCACCAAAUAUAUGGGAGCUCUAGUUAAUGUGGAGCAACUCAAGCAACUAAAUUGGUGCAGGUUUGUUCAUGAUUGGGAGUUGAUGUAUAUAAAGAAAUACCAAAAGGAAAAGCUGAAGCAGAACCGAACAAUGAUGACUCUAGGAGGAUGUAUAUACCACCUAGCAGUCCGUUGUCUUGAUUUUACUGAUUUUGGCUCAAUUCAAAUCCCAUCUUUGAUGCCCAGAAUAUGUGUCUGGAAGGGAGAUAUGGUCAAGCAUUUAAGUGACAUGACCAUUGGAAGAGAUGGAAAGUAUGGAUGUCUCACAAUAAAAGAAGUAUCAGAAACCCGCUACAAGGAUGGAACAUACGAGUGGGCAAGUACGAUUAAGAAUUCAAAUUUCAGGAAAGCGAUAAACAAUGUUGCAGGGAAUUCUUUGUCUGACAAGGUCAAAGAGGAUAUCUUCCUCGCUUACGAAAACCAUAUGAAGAAUGAAGACAUAAAUACUUGCAUCAAAGCUAAAGGGCUUCUGCUAGACACGAUCCGCAUCAUAACCAAUGCCUCUGGUGAAUCAGGUGAUACAGUUAAAGUGGGCUCAACAGGAACUGAAUUGAAUGCAAGCCAACAGUCCAACAACUCAGGAGACACUGUCAAACUACAAUCGACUGAACUUCAAGAGGAAAAUGACGGAGGGCAUCUGCUGCAAAGGAAAACGGAUGUUCUAUCAACUAGCCAACAGUCUGCUGGUUCUUCUGCAUCAAAAACAAAUGCUGGAAAAGGGAGCAUAAAUGAAGCUAAUGGGUUUUGUAGCAGCCCUCCUAAAGUCCAUGAAAUAGGCAAGUUGAAGUCUGACUCCAGAGCACAAUGUCAAAGAGAGCAUUCCUCAAAGGACCCCAUGCCAGAAAUGUGUGUUCCAGCCGCAUCAACUUUCGCUCCAGGAAACCAUGUAGAUGGAGGACUACUCCAUGGUUCCAAUAAUAGGAAAAAGGUUAUUUGCAGAGGAGGAAAGCUGUCAACAAGAAUCCAGUGGCAGCAAAAGGAAUCCAGUACAACUAAUGGAAGAAAAAACUUCAGGACAACUCAAAAUUCAUGGAGAAAACAUGUUUAGGCAAGAGCGCAGCACAUUGGUCAACAUAACUGAUGAUUUUUACAACACAAAUCUCUCGUUAGGAAGGCCAAGCAGUUUCAGUGGAAAAGAAAAUGCACCACCAAAGAGGAUUGUCCAACCAAGCAGGUACCGUAGCUCACCGUACGACUGCAGCAAAAGGGGCCCAAUAAUGCCACAUGAGAGAAAGAUGUAUGAGAACAUAACAUCUCUGGCCAAUGUUGAAGGAUCCAAACCUGCAGUUUUGAUUGACAAAACCAUUGCCUCAUUUGGACAGUUGGGUAACUCGAUGAAAAUAGGUGGCCGGGUCCAGGCCUAUGUCAUAAAUGUGUACUGUAGGCACCUAUUUAAUGAAAAUCAUCCUAGGAACUCACUCAAGCACUAUUUCUUCCACACUGCAUUUGAAUAUUUCCUGGGCAAAUGGAAAAAUGAUGAGGCAAGAAUUUGGUGGAGGAAGAAACUGAUUACGAGUUUCAUUGGAGCUGGAAAAGCACAUAAUCUUUCGAUGUCAGACAAGUUGUACUUUCCAACACCACAUGAGGAACAUUACUUUCUGUUCGUCGUCGACAUCAAGGGUCACAUGUUUUAUUUUCUAGAUUCUUUCUACGAUGAGAAGAGCUCAUAUCAUAUGAACAUAAAAAAGAAGAUUAUCUCAAGCUUUAUAUGCACUUGGUACGAAGCUCGGCUCCAGCCAAUGGAUUUCAAUGCAUUCCCUGCUGUUUACCCUAAAGUCCCUCAACAAGAUAACGACCACUACAACACUUUGGAUGACGAGAAGAAGCGUGUGAAGGAGUUCCGCCUAUAGACAUGAAAAAGUGCUGACAGCUCCUAAAAGACACCACUCAUAGAUGAUAAGAGGGGCUGUAACAAGAGUCAUAUGUGAACACACAAUGCUACAGGCAUAUAUAUGUGAACACACAAUGCAAAUAUGAUUCCUUGAAAGAGAAGGGGCGGGGGGUAAUAUAUAAAAUACCCAAGAAAGUUGCUGCUGCCACGCUGCUUGAAGAACAAGGGGUUGUUGGUAUUUCUGUGGAUGGUCGGAGAUUCAAAAAAAUCUCAUACAAAACUACUGAUGAUGGCCGCAUUUUGUUUGGCAGCAAGAAGUGGAAAAACUUCACAGCUAGCAGAGGACUCAAAGUCAACACAGCUGUUCUUAUUGGCUUCAAGAGCAGCGAGAGGGAUGAUGUCCAUGUCCUGGUUAUCUUGAAGAAGCUUGGCUAGGCACCAGGCACAGCAACUGAUGACAAGCAGAGCUGCGUCUAUCAUACUCAUCUGUUGGGUAUUCUAUAUAUUUCUGUGUCGAAGUCUGUAUGACGAACCUUUUUUCAUUUUUAUGCCAUGUUGAACCUGUCAGUGUAGUUUUGCGUUUCUUAUGUGUCCACCAAACAAUGCGGCUUGAAUAAUAUAUGAUGGGAACCCCUUUUUCUACAUUAUAUUCAAGUGUUCACCUAAGUUUUUUUA